AUAAUAUAUUAUGGAUCCUAACUAAUUUGUAUACUAGUUAUUUAAUAUAUGAUAGGGUAUUGAAAUAGCCAAGAAAUUCCAACAAUUCUUUGCUCAUAUGAACAAAUUUUGUUAACAAUUUUUAAAAGAUUAGAAUGUGGCAGAGAUCCAAACACCUGAAAAAAAGAAAGAACGAGAUCCAAAUGCACCUAAAAAACCUUUGACACCAUUCUUUUUAUUUAAUUAGAAGUACAGAGAGAAAGUAGUUGAACGAAAUCCAGGUAUUUAUUAGUUAGUGAAAUAUUAUAAGAGAUUAAGCUUACUUAAAUAUCUUAAAUGGCGGGAAAUAAAUGGUCAUCUAUGACAGAAUAAGAAAAGAAGGUAUCACUUUUAAUUAUUUAUCAUAGCCUUAUCUUGACUAAUACAAUGCAGCAAAAGAAAAAUAUGAGUAAGAAUUAAGAGAUUACAAUGAGAAAAAUGGAAUUGAAACAAAUGAUAAGAAGCGUAAGAAAUCUGAAAAAGUAAAUUAAAUCUUUAUAUAUAUAGCUUGAUGAUAAAUCAAUGAAAUCAGGUAUAGAUCAUAAUAUUGAUGAUUUUGAAUCUGAAUCUAUUCAACCUGCUGCUAAACAUUAAUAAUAAAUCAAAUAAUAACAAAUAAAAUAAAACAAUAAUGAUGAAUAGAUUAAAUAAUAAUAAGGAAAAUAGACCAAGUAAUAAUAACAAUAAUAAAAAUAAAUACCUGUAUAAACUAAAAAAGCUAAACAUGUAGAAAUAGAUGAUGAUUUCUAAAAAGAUAUUGAUUAAGCUAUGAGUAAUCCAAAAUAAACAUAAAAAAAAUAGAAAAAAUGAAAAACCAUAAAAACAAC